CCUUCGGAAAAGGGACAUGUAUGCAAAUGCCAUUCUGGCUAUGAAGGAAAUGGUUACACUAAUGGCACAGAUUGCACAGACAUAGACGAAUGCAGUCUUAAAGGGUCAAAUAUGUGCGUUGAAGCAAAUGAUGGAGGAAUAUGCCAUAAUUUUGUAGGUUCCUACAAUUGUUCAUGCAGAAAGGGAUAUAAGGGAGAUGGCUAUCGGAAUGGGUCAAGAUGUGUAUCCAAAAACUCCAACUACCUCAAACUCGCAAUCACAGGCUCCGUUUCUUCGUUCGUUGGAGUUUCUAUAGUAGCUUGUGGGUUAUUUUGGUGGCUGAGCAUGCGUCGUUUGAAACAUGCGAGGGAAAAGAAUUUUCGUCAGAAUGGCGGGAUACUAUUUCAGGAACGCAUCGCUUCCAUGGGAGGAAAAGAAAGCUUCAGAAUGUUUUCUGAAAGAGAGCUAGAAAUAGCUUCCAACAAAUUUUCGACAGAACUUGGGAAAGGUGGCUUCGCAACUGUGUACAAAGGAGUUCUUGUGGAUGGCAUGCAUGUGGCAAUUAAAAAACCCAAAUCAAUUUCUAAUGAAUUUAUCAACGAAAUUAUAAUUUUGUCUCAUAUUAGUCACAGAAAUGUAGUGAAAAUGCUUGGUUGCUUUAUGGAAAGUCAAUUUCCAUUGCUUGUAUAUGAAUUUGUGCCAAACGGGACAGUUUUUGAGCAUCUACACUCGACAGAUAAGCAGUUGACAUGGGAACAAAGGCGGCAGAUUGCCAUUGAAACUGCAGAGGCGAUAGCAUAUGUGCAUCUUCAAGCCUCUCAGCCCAUUUUUCAUCGUGACAUAAAAUCCUCAAAUAUUUUGUUAGACAACACAUUUACACCAAAAGUGGCAGACUUCGGUGUUUCUCGGCUACGCCCUUCGGAUGAAAACCAUCUGAGCACUGUGCUUCCGUCGGGCACUCCAGGUUAUGUGGAUCCUGAGUUUGUAAGGAGCAAUCAAUUUACAGACAAGAGUGACGUUUUCAGCUUCGGUGUAAUUUUGGUGGAACUUCUCACGGGUUUGAUGCCAUUGUUGUCUGUAGGAGAAUCUACAUGUGCUUUGUAUGAUCAUUUCCUAUCUGCAAUUAAUGACAACCGUCUCAAUGAAAUUUUAGAUCCUAAAGUGGUCAAAGAGGAAAUCCAAGGACAGAUGGAAAAUAUGGCAAGGUUAACAAAAGCAUGUCUGCAAAUGAAAGCAAAAGCGAGGCCGUCCAUGAGAGAGGUAGUGGAUGAACUUGUUUGGAUAAGAGCCGCCACAAAACAGCCGGAGCUCUAUAGAGAUGUGAGUCUUGUGGAGAAUAGGGGCGAUCCAAAACAAACUAGGCUUAAUUAUCAUGCUUUGCUAAAUACAACUGAUAGUACUCCAGAGGAUUAUUACCAGAGUUCUCCAUCUGUUACAGCAAUUUCUUGAGAGGGCCCUUCCGCUGCGUUGAUUCAGAUUGAAAUGUCAGAUACAUAUGCACGAUGAUCAAGUCAUUGCGCGUCCGAAGAAGCACGCAGGUACUCUGCAAGCAACAGCUACUGCAGUUACCAUAAAUUUAGUGUCCUGCUACAAUUACAAUUAUGCACAAUCCUAGUGCAAUACAUUAUAUGAUUUUUAUGGUCAAAUGGUGUUAUGUAAUUUAUUAUCUAAUUG